AUGUCUGAAACUGCUACUAAUACCUCCACAACACCACCGCCCGAGACGCCGACAACAACUACAACUACAACAACUACACUACGAGAACAAUCACCACCAAUAUACUCCUUUUCCCUACCAGAUGCCCAAAACAACCUCGUGGAUUUCACUCAGUUCCGCAACAAAGUCCUCAUGAUAGUCAAUGUCGCCAGUUUAUGUGGUUUCACCCCACAAUACCACGAACUACAACAUCUCUACGCCAAAUAUCACGCUCAAGGGUUGGAAAUCUUGGGAUUCCCCUGUAAUCAAUUUGGCAAUCAAGAACCCAAAUCCGAUCGCAAGAUAGCUCUGCAUUGUCGACGCGAUUUUGGUGUUGAAUUCCCCAUCAUGAAGAAAAUUAAAGUUAAUGGCGAAGAUGAAUCGGACUUAUAUCUGUAUUUGAAAAAUGAACAACGGGGGAUGUUUGGGUUUAAGGGGGUUCGGUGGAAUUUUGAAAAGUUUAUAAUUGAUCGUGAAGGAAAAGUUGUUGCCCGAUUUGAUUCUUGGAUUACUCCUAAACAAUUUGAUUCGUUGAUACAACAAUUGUUAGACAAGGAGAAUAAAGCAAACAACAGCUAG